UGGAGGAAGCGCACGUUACCCGGCCGUUCAUCACAUCGCACAUUGACACGACAGCGCCUCCAGCUUCCGACGGGUUACAUCAGGUCGAUCUGGAUCGUCCAAGGUCUCUCCUCAGUCCUCAGACACGUGCUGCCGCGCCCCCGGGCCGUCGGAUGCCCGGUGCCGGGGCACCCGCGCCUUGUCUUGUACAAAUAGACUAGCAUUGCAGUCGAGCCUCGGCUGACCCGUCGCUCACUCAUUCUACUCGACGUCUCGAGCUGUGUGCCACGCACAACCAGACCACAGGGAGUCAGGGACAGAGUGGUAGCCCGUCACGGUCCAAAUGAAGCUUCUUCCGCGCCUCUGCAUGGCCACCGGCACCGGCACCGGCGACGGAGACGGGGAGGGGAGCGCAAGCAGCAGCACCAAGCGGGCCACAGCGGUGUCGUCCUCCUCGUCGACCGUCUCCACGUCGUCCGCGGCGGCGGCGGCCGUGUCGGAGUCGUCGUCCUCGACGUCCCUCCCUUCGCUCUCCUCAGCGACGAGCGCUAGCCUCGCCGCGUCGUUCGUCCACGUCGCCACGCUCCUCCCUCUGUCCGCGCGCCCCUCGCCGUGCGCCGCCGUCGUCGCGGCGACGGGGGGCUCCCUGCCCGGCCUCGUCGUCGCGCGGCCGUCGUGCGUGGCGCUCCACGACCUGUCGACGCUGGAGGCGACCUCCACCUCCGACGCCGCCGCGGGCGCGGGCGCGGGCUCGGUCAAGUGCGUGGCGCGCCUCCCCGGCGGCGGCGGCGGCGGCGCGGCCGUGACGGGGCACCAGGACGGGCGCCUGCGCCUGUGGCGGGUGUCCUCGCGAUCGCCUGGCAGGAUCCGCCUCGCCGCGGCGCUCCCCACGGUCUCCGACCGCCUCCGCCGGUUCCCCGUCCCGUCCAACCACGUCGCCGUCCGCCGGCACCACCGGCGGCUCUGGAUCGAGCACGCCGACGCCGUGUCGGGCGUGGCGGCGUCCGCCGACGGGCGCCUCCUCUUCUCCGUGUCCUGGGACAAGACGCUCAAGGUGUGGGCGGCGCCGUCGCUGCGGUGCCUGCAGUCGCUGGCGGCGCACGACGACGCCGUGAACGCCGUGGCUGUGGCGCCCGACGGCACCGUGUACACGGGCUCCGCCGACAGGCGCGUCCGCGUGUGGGCGCCCCGUCCCCGCCCCCGCCCCGCCGCGCGCGGCAAGAAGCAGCCCGUCUACCACCUGGUCGCCACGCUGUCCCGCCACACGGCGGCGGUGAACGCCCUGGCCGUCGGGCGCGGGGGCCAGGCGCUGUACUCGGGCGGCAACGACCGCUGCGUCCUGGUGUGGGAGCGCGAGGACAGCGCCAGCCACAUGGCCGCGGUCGGGGCCCUCAGGGGCCACCGCAAGGCCGUGCUCUCCGUCGCGUGCGCGCCCGGCGGGCUGGUCGUCAGCGGGUCCGCGGACCAGACGGUGCGGGCCUGGCGCCGCGCCGCGGACGGCAGGGGUUACGCCUGCGUCGCCGUGAUCGACGGCCACGGCACCGCCGUCCGGUCGGUCGCGGCGGCGCCCCUGCCGGUCCUCCAGAAGCGGUCCCGGGCAGGCGGUGUAGACGGCGGCGGCGGCGACGAGGAGUGGAGGGUGUGCAGCGCGAGCUUCGACGGCCAGGUGCGGGUCUGGUCGCUGCGCGUGUCGUGUUUGUAGCCGGUACGAGUUGGCGCGCAGAAGAGAGCUAGUACAUUUUUUUAUGUUUUUCCAGAUUUGUUGAGAAAAUUAUACAUUUUGUUUUUCGUUUUU